AUGACCAUAGUUGGAUUAUUUGAUUAGAUUGCUAUACAAAUAAAUCAAUUAAAUGUAGUUGGAGUCCAAGCUGACUAAUUUAAAUUGCUUAUGCAUUUUGUAAUGAAUUAAUAUAUAUGAUUUAAGUUGCUUGCAUUUCCAUUAGGGAUUAUAUUACGAUAUAUGAAGUGUCCCAUUAUUCGAAAAUCUUAUACAUUAUUUUGGGGACUAUUCUUUAUGUUGUACUUAGGAGCUUAAUGGAUAGAGUUAGUUAUGGCAUAGACACUUGUCAUAUAUUUUUUGAGAUUACUGAGAAGACCAUUUAUCCCAAUUGCAUCAAUCAGCUUUCUAGUUUUAGGAUACUUACAUUACGACCGCAUCAUGGUUAAUGGCAAACUAUCAGUAGAACGCAGACUCGUCUUGGAAGAUGGGAUUUAACGUAGUGUAGAUGAUGCUAACAUGUCGAUUCGUAUACGUGGGAGUUGCUGCUUAAGAUAGAUUAUCCUUUACAUUUCUCGAUUAUAUGAGUUAUGUGUUCUAUUUUCCUAAUAUCAUUGUUGGUACAGUUCCCUUUACAGCCUAUAUUGAUUUUAUCAAUUUAAAGGGAGUCUAUUCAAAUAUGGGUUAAAGUUUUAAAAUGGCUUACAUAUCCCUUUUCAAAGCUAUUCUCUUUGUAGCAGGUAUCAAUAUAAAUAAUUAUAAUUAGCUGAUUAACUCAUUAGACCUAAGUUCAGUUUUGCAUAUUUUGGAACUCAAUAAUGGGAAGAGCAUUCACUAUUAAUUCGUCAUUUAAUUUGUCAAUUAAUUUCAUGUUGUGAAAGAUUUAAAUAUUUUCUUGCAUUUAACUUCUCUUAAGCUUCAAUGGAUGCAGGAGGUAUUACAUAUGAUGGAUAAGGUAUAUAAAUAUAUAAAUCAUAAUAAAAUUUAGAAUUUUGUAAUUAUCGUUUAGCUAAUUAUAAAUUUGAGAUAGAAUUUUCUCCUAUAAAAAGAACAAAACAUUGGAAUUCAAGUGUUUAAGCAUGGUUGCAAACCUGUUUUUAUGAUAGAUAUAAGUAACAUAAAUCAGCUUUGCUUCUUACAUUUGUUUUAAGUGCAUAUUGGUAUAAUUUUAUAAUAUGAAGGCAUGGAUUCUUUAUUGCUUACUAUGUAUUUUUUAUAGAAUGGGCAAUUUUCAAUGAAAUUACAAAAUAAGUUUAUAGAGCAAAAGAUAAAUUCAAAUUGUAUAAAUACAAAUUAUUAUUAUGAUUUAGUAUUCCUAUUCCAAUCCAAAAAAUCAUUUGUGCUAUAUAUGGUUAAUUGGCUGUGAAUUCAACUGCUACUCCUAUAGGAUUAUUGAAAUGGGAUAAAGUAUUGAAAGCAAUGAAUGAUCUUGGAUGGGUGGCUCAAAUAGUAAUGAUUAUAGUUUGGGGGUUUUUUAAGAUUACUAAAUUUGGAUAAGGUAAAAGGAAAGAGUGAU